AUGUCUCGCUCAAUCGAAAUUCCUCUGAAGGAUAGCGUCGAUGAGGUAAUUGAACUCGAUUUUGACCAGUUACCCGAUGGCGAGGAAGUUCUAGGAAUCUUACGGCAGGAACAGGCUGUACUUCCCAUUUGGGUCACAUUGGCGCUGGAGUAUUACAAGCAAAACAAGGAAAAUGACUUUGUUCGUCUGCUCGAAGCGAGCGGUACCGACGCCAACAUCGAAUACCCGGACAGCGACAAGGACCAGAUGCGAGCCUUGGAUACAUUGGCAGCCUACUACGUGAAAGAGGCACACAGACGUACAGAAAAGGACAGGAAGCGAGAGCUUUUCACCAAAGCCACCCUACUCUACACGACUGCGGACAAAAUCAUCAUGUACGAUCAGAAUCAUCUCCUCGGACGAGCGUACCUGUGUUUGCUGGAGGGGGACAAGAUUGAUCAGGCUGAAGCUCAGUUUAAUUUUGUUUUGAACCAGAGCCAGAACAACAUACCCGCGUUACUGGGCAGGGCAUGCAUCGCGUAUCAUAAGAAAGAGUAUAAAAACGCUUUGCAUUAUUACAAAAAGGCUCUUCGUUUCAAUCCAAACUGCCCGGCUGACGUGCGCGUUGGAAUGGGUCACUGUUUCGCAAAGCUGUCAAAAAUGGACAAGGCGAAGAUGGCGUUCGAGCGGGCGUUGCAGUUGAAUCCCGGCUGUUGCGGUGCGUUGGUUGGACUUGCGAUUCUUGAGCUGAACCAGAACACGCCUGAAAGCAUCCGUUCUGGCGUUCAACGCCUAAGUAAGGCCUACUCGCUGGACCCAGAGAAUCCUACCGUCUUGAAUCACUUGGCGAAUCACUUCUUCUUUAAAAGGGAACAUGUGAAGGUGCAACACUUAGCCGUGCAUGCGUUCCAGAACACAGAAAACGAAUCAAUGCGUGCCGAAAGCUGUUACUUGUUGGCAAGGACGUUGCAUGCUACAGAAGAUUAUGAGCAGGCGUUUCAGUACUAUUACCAAGCGACGCAGUACUCAAGUCCUGGUUUUUUGCUACCUGUUUUUGGACUCGGCCAGAUGUACAUCAAUCGAGGAGACAAUGAAAGCGCUAUGCAGUGUUUCGAAAAAGUUCUCAAGUACCAGCCGCAAAACUACGAGGCAACAAAGAUUCUUGGAUCUUUACUAUCUAACUCUGACAAACCGGAAAGGAAAGAAAGGGCUCAGGAGUUGAUAAAGAAAAUUGUCGACCAGUAUCCGGAUGAUGUUGAAGCUUGGAUAGAGUACGCGUUGUUGACGCAGCAAAAUGAUGCUCAGGGGGCUCUGCAGGCUUACAAAAAGGCUAUCCACAUCUUGCGCGACGUCAUCAAUGUUGAUGUCUCUCCGGAAAUAAUAAACAAUGUUGGCGCGCUGUAUUAUCGCUUGGGAGACUACGAUAGUGCUAUGAAGUACUUCAACAUGGCAAUCGAUGGAGCGAAGGCAGAACUGAAAAAUGAUGAAAAAUUGUACAAGGCGCUGUUGGUAACAUGUACUUACAAUUUAGGCCUUGUACUGGAGGCGUAUUAUGAAUACGAAAAGGCGGAGAAGGUGUACAAAGAUAUUUUACGAGAGCACCCUACUUACAUAGACUGCUAUUUAAGGUUGGGUUGCAUGGCAAGAGAUCGUGGACAGAUAUAUGACGCGUCCGUGUGGUUUAAAGAAGCCCUUCAGUUUAAUCAGCAGCCGGCGCUUGUUAAAGGCAAAGUAAAUCGUUACCAAGAUCGGGCUCUGGCCAUGUACAGACAGGCGCUUAAAGUUCAUCCGAAAAAUAUCUGGGCUGCCAAUGGAAUUGGCUGUGUACUGGCUCAUAAAGGUUGCAUGCAAGAAGCGCGAGACAUCUUUGCUCAAGUUAGAGAAGCAACUGCCGAGUUUCCCGACGUUUGGAUCAACAUUGCACACAUUUACGUUGAACAGAAGCAGUUCGUGGCCUCUAUACAAAUGUACGAAAAUUGUUUGAAAAAGUUUUACAAGCAUACCAACGUGGAAGUGCUGUUGUACCUGGCGCAGGCGUAUUUCAAAGCGGACAGGUUGAAUGAAUGCAAACUAAUAUUGCUUCGGGCCAGGCAAGUGGCACCUCACGACCUCGUUCUGAUGUACAACAUUGCAUACGUGCUGCAGAAGUUGGCCAUGCACCUGCUGAAGGACGACAAGUCGAAUUUGACUUUGGUGCUUCAGGCCGUCAAUGAUCUCAAGUUAGCUGAAAGGUAUUUUUCGUAUAUGGCCAAAUGUAGCGAGCAGCGGCACGUCGACCAUCAGAUUGCGGCAGCCGAAGCUCGCCAGUGCAACGACUUGUUGUCACAAGCUCAGUAUCACGUGCAGCGCGCUCGGCAGCAGGACGAAGCAGAACGGGAACUGCGCAAGAAGCAGGAACAAGAGCGAAGAGCACUGCGAGAAAAACAACUGGCGGAACAGAAACGAAAGGAAGAAGAAGAACGCCGUAGGUUGGAAGAGCAGGAACAUAAGCGUCAGGAAUAUAUCGAAAAGACAAAGCAGUUGCUAAUCAUACCGAACGUCACGGAUGAUGAAAAGCCAAAGAAGACCGUAAGUUGAUG